GUGAUAUUUCAUGUUAUGUCUACCGCAUGGCAUGGGAUUUAUUAUGAUUAUUAUAUACGGGUUAUUACAAUAAUUAAACCCUAUUAAAUUAAAUCUGUCAAUAACUCAUUUUUAAUAUAUAUGCUUUGAAUACUUGAAUAAGAAAAAAUGCAAGUUUCUGAAAUAGAUAAUGUGAAAAUUUACAAUCUUAGUGCUGGAAAGUCAUUACCAGAUUGGUUAACAGAAAGGAAGAAAAGAGCACUAUUAAAGAAAAAUGUAGAUUUAAGGAGAAGAAUAGAACUCAUCCAAGAGUUUGAUAUGCCUGGUGUUAGUACAAGUUUACGUGUGUCAAAAGAUGGACAGUAUAUUAUGGCUACUGGUAUAUAUAAACCAAGAAUAAAAUGUUUUGAUGUGAAUAACUUAUCAUUGAAAUUUGAAAGAUGUUUGGAUUCUGAAGUUGUUACAUUUGAGAUAUUAAGUGAAGAUUACACAAAAAUUGUAUUCUUACAAUGUGAUCGAUAUGUUGAGUUUCAUGUGGGCCAUGGUCGGCAUUUUCGUCUCAGAGUUCCACAUUUUGGAAGGGAUAUGAAAUAUCAUCGGCCAUCCUGUGAUCUUAUUGUAGUUGGAGCUUCAAAUGAAGUGUAUAGAUUAAAUUUAGAAUUGGGACAAUUUUUGGCACCAUAUGUGACAAAGGCAACAGAGAUAAAUUGUUGCAGUGUGAAUGAAGAACAUGGUUUAUUAGUGUUUGGCACAGAAAGCGGUCAUGUGGAGGCUUGGGAUCCUCGUACUAAAUCAAGACAAGGAAUUUUAGAUUGUGCUCUCCAUUGUUCGGAUGCAGAAUAUAGAAAUACAAGUGUGCCUUCCAUAAGUGCUCUAAAGUUUAAUGGAGCAUUGCAGAUGGGUGUCGGUACAUCAUCUGGUCAUGUUCUAUUAUAUGACAUUCGAUCCAGCAAACCUCUUUUAGUUAAAGACCAUAUGAAUGAAAUACCUAUUAAAUGUAUAGAAUUUCAUAAACAGAUGGAUUAUGUUUAUUCAAUGGAUUCUAAUGUCAUUAAAAUUUGGGACAUUAAUACUGGCAAACAGUACACAAAUAUUGAAUCAUCUGUAGAUUUCAAUGAUCUAUGUGUGAUUCCAAAUACCGGUUUAAGUAUGAUGGCUGUUGAAGAUCAAAAAAUGCAAAUUUAUUAUAUACCAUCAUUAGGUCCGGCUCCUAGAUGGUGUGCCUUCUUAGAUAAUUUAACAGAAGAAAUGGAGAGUUCAGCUUCACAAACUGUAUAUGAUGAUUACAAAUUUAUUACAAAACAGGAACUAGAAUCUUUAGGCCUUGAUCAUUUACUCGGUACCAAUUUAUUAAGAGCAUAUAUGCAUGGGUAUUUUGUGGAUGUGCGGUUGUACAAGAGAGCAAAAUCAAUUGCCGAUCCAUUUGCAUUUGAAGAAUAUAAAAAACGUAAAAUUAGAGAAAAGAUUGAACAGGAAAGACCGUCCAGAAUCAAAGUCGAGGACAACUUGCCUAAAGUCAAUCGUGAUCUGGCAUCUCGGCUCUUGGACAGUGAUACGCGAAAGAACAAACAUUCGGUUCAUUUGCUUAAAGAUGACAGAUUUAAGGCUUUGUUUGAAAAUCCAGAUUUUGAAGUUGAUAAAGGUGCUGAUGAAUAUCGAUUACUGAAUCCAGUACUUGCAAGACUUGACAAGAACAAAUCUAAACCCAAGCUGGAGACGGAAGAUAUGGAGAUUGCAGAAACUGUGGAUAAAGAUUCUGAUCAAGAAUUAUAUGAAACUAGUGACAGUUCUGACGAAGAUCGAACGUGGACAAAGGAAGUGAAAAAACAACACAAAAUAAUCAGGAGGAAGAAACAAGAUGAAGAUGAUGAAGAAUUGGAAUCUGAGAAUGGUGAAAAAGUGUAUGAAUUUACGAAAGCUCCUAAAACAGCUAAUAUUAGAAGUGUUAUGCAAGUUAGCAAAAAGAGCUUAGGAGAGAGAUUAGCUAGAGAAGGUUCAACUAUAGUGACCGGUACAGCUGGCAACAGAGAAAUGAAGUUCUCUAUGAGAAAUAAGAAGAAGUCAUCAGAAAAUGAUAAGAAAAUGAAGAAACAUUAUGAAGAAAGGAAACAAAUAGUAAGAAGAACUGGCUAUUUGACCAAAAAGAGACUCCCAAAAAUGUUAAGAAUGCAAAACGACAAUGCAUCAUAUAGUAGUUCUAGCGAUCUCCUGGAUAGCCAUGUAUUGGGCAAUGACAAGCUUGCCCUGCCUACAAUGGAAAGAUCAACUAGAUCAAGUCUUGACGCCAAUAGUGUCGAAAUUGGUGAAAUAACAGAAUCUCCAGACACUGAAUAUAUGAGUACAUCUGCUAUUUUACAUUAUUGUAAAUCUAAGAUAUUACUUCCUUAUUUAAAACUCCUUACAGUUAUGGGAUUAAGGCCUGUAGUGGAUGCUUCAAACUCAUCAAAAUAUGCAAUUUGUUUUUCGCAUUUUCACUCUGCACAGGUUGCAGUGUUUCUUUGUCUAGGAUAUAUACUUCAAUACAUGGCAUGUUUUAGGCGAGACAGAGGUUUUUGCUACAAAUUAAUUCCUUUAGCGCUUACUUCUUCCUUCGAAUACGAUGCCUAUAAACAAGUGUGUUAUGGCAAUGUAGCAUUUACGUAUAUUGGACCCAGCGUGUUACAUUUUAUAGGUUUUCUCUAUGCAUUAUAUCUCUUCAGAAUAUCAGAUAACGAACAAUUACAAAAUCUGAUGGAAAGGGUAUUCUUGUUAUCAUCUUACGCGCCUCAAGGGACGCCCACUGCUAAACCGAAACGCUUACUGCGAAUGUUAUGGUUCUUUAUAAUCCUCAGUAUUCUGUGGAUGUGUAUUUCGUUGUGUUCUGUCAAUUUAAUGAUGGCAAGAGGAACUAUCAUGUUCAGGUGGAUGGAAUCAAGUUCCAGUGAGAUGAUACUUGGAUUAAAGAUAUUACUUAUAAUAUGCACUUUGAUCCACGAUAUGGUGCAAGCCACUGUGAUUACAAGCUACUGUCUUCAAGCUCAACUGUUGCAAGCUCAUCUCAUGUUUUUAAAAGAACGACUAUUAAACAGGACAAUAACUCCUUUAAACUGGAUGAGGGAAAUUGCCGAAUUUCGUAAAUUACUGAAAUAUUUGAAUAACGACUUAGCACCUGCAGUAUGUUUAUUUACGAUUGUCAAUGUUUCAUGGGCUGCGUCUGGUAUAAUGUGGUUGUUGAAUCUAGACAAAGUGGACACCGGUACUGAACCCAUAGCAGGCAUUAGUGUUCUUAAUCUCUUACUUUGGAUAUCAGCUGUCAUGGUACCUUUUAUACAGGCGGCGCGGCUGUCGCAGGAGUGCGCGCGCACGCAGGGCGUGGGCCACGAGCUGUGCGCGCGGCCCUUCCUGCACCGCGACACGUCGGCCGAGGACAUCGGCGCCGUGCUGGCGUUCGCGGCGAGCCUGCGCCUGCGCGCCAAGCUGUUCCACUGCCCCGUGGCCGGCCGCCACGUGUGCGUGCUGCUGGCGCUCGCCGUCGUCGUGCUCUUCGCUCUGGGAAUGUGCCAUUACCUCCAGUGAUCGUCUCCGGGACGUUUCGUUAAAUUAAACUCAAAAAUAUUGUAAUCUUUUUAUUUCUACAUCUAAAUGAACGGUCACACAGAUUUUGUCCCUAUAAGUUAAUAGUGUAGAUUUGUAAAUAACAUAUUUAUCUACAAACUUGUAGCUGAUUACCGUUUAGUUAACUUAUUGUUAAUUUUGUAAAUUAAGAAUCAAUAUUCUAAUUUAACGAAAUAUUGCACUAAAGAAUAUUUAAAUUUUAUAAAACCAAAAUUUA